AUCAAUUGCCGUAUUUGGCAGGUUAUGAGCCCCCGGGUGCCUUCCCUCGCUAUCCGUGGGAGGUAAACAUAAAAGCCGGCGUCCCGCUCCCAUCUUUUUUCUUCCUCUUCUCUUUUCUCCUUUCUCUCCCCAUCACGUCUGUGACUUUUUGCUGCCCCUAUCUUCACUCACGUGAUUGACCAUUGCUCCGGGGCAUCUCCAUACCAUACCAUAACAACAGAGAUAUAACGUAUAUCUCUCUUUACCUUCAGACUGUUUAAGAGAUAUAACCUUCUUCCUUCUCCUCCUCCUCCUCCUCUCUCAUAUACUCCUUUGAUUUUUGAUUUUGUGUUUGCCUUUGCUUUUUCUUUUUUUGUCUGCUUCCUUUUUGCUGUUUUCCUGUUUCUUGACGCCCCUUCUUUCGUUAUUGUGUAGUAGCCAUGCCAGGCCUACACAUUCCGGGCAUCCCCACUCGGCCAAACGACAAGGCCGCUAGGAAGCGCAAUGGGCCGGCCUUUACAACCUUCCCCCAUCGCGUGGCCUACAAAGACCCGUUUCUUCCAGCCAUGGAUCUGACAAUGGCAGUGCCCGUGCUCGCACCUCCUGUCGACGAAACGUUAAGCCGGCUAAAUCAGUCCAGUUCGGAGGCGUCACGGUCCACGAAGUCAAUACAUGGAUUAAGCCGGGUGUACAUACCCAGCGAGACCCCACGACAAUCGUCGGCAAAUUGGUUGGCUGGUCUGUCACUCCCCUGGAGGAACCGGAGGACGACGAAGACUGUAAGUAUACGACUUACUGGGGUGGACAAGUAAGUCAACUUACGCACGCUCAUUUACCCGGAAAACCCUGCGGACGCUCUUUUUGCUCCUGGAACGACCUCGCCAACGUUCGGAGAGACCUUUGUAGGGUCGCUCGUCUGGAACCCGACAAUCCUUACACGUCGAUCCGGACUCGCCUUGUUUUCGAAGAGUUCAACAGAAGAAGAGAAAAUAUGAGAGGGCACGGACAUUUCCUUCUGUGAUUUGAAGUGCCCUUCUCACCAAAAAAAUUUUAAAAACGAAAAAUCAUCCUAAAGUAUCUCGGACGACAAGUCCACUUCCGUUUUCGCACAUUCUUUUAGUGAUCACACUUGAUAUACAUGUUCUGCUGUGUUCUGGCCUGUUUUGCGUUUUCAGUUUCGCUCUAUUCGUCCUUCCUGUUUCGUUUGCUUUUUUUCUUUUUUUUU